CUUGUUUGUUUUCUUUAUGUACAUGCUGCUUUUGCCGCUCUUAGACAUUUUUAAUUCAUAUCUGUACAUUUCGUUGGCCGGUUGUAAAUUGGGUAGAUACCUACCUAUGCAAACAAAGAAAAGCUAAGUAGAAGAAGAGCGAUUGCGAUCGAAGGAGGAUCGUAGAGUCCUUAAUACACUUUCAAAAUUGGAAUUGUCUGCUUCAGCUUCUUGAAGUUUUUAGUUUCUUCUUAAAAUUUUUGCCAAUUGCCGGCCGUGGAGGUUAUAAUUUUGUGUUUUUAUUGCAUUUGAGAUAAAUUUCGCAAUUAUCUAGCAAAAUGUUCAUGCUAGGAGAGGCUUUCCCCAAUUUUACUGCCAAUACGACUGAUGGAGAGAUCGACUUUCAUCAAUGGCUCGGAGAUUCUUGGGGCAUUCUAUUCUCCCACCCGUCAGACUUCACCCCAGUGUGCACCACGGAGCUGUCCCGCGUGUUGAAGCUCCUGCCCGAGUUCCAGAAGAGGAAUGUCAAGGUGAUAGGACUCUCCUGCGACAGUGUGGCGUCACAUGUCGAAUGGUGCAAGGAUAUCAAGUGCUAUGCCGGUAUGAACGAAGACGACAAGUUCCCAUAUCCAAUAAUCGAGGAUAAAGACCGUCACAUCGCCAUGAAGCUGGGCAUGGUGGACAAGGAUGAGUUGGAUUCAGCCGGCAUGCCGCUGACCGCCCGCGCUGUCUUCAUUAUAGACUCCAACAAGAAAUUUAGGCUUUCGUUGCUAUAUCCCGCAACCACUGGCAGGAACUUUGAUGAAAUACUGCGCGUGAUUGACUCCCUUCAGCUGACUGACAAGGCGAAGGUGGCCACUCCCGUCGACUGGAAGAUGGGCGAUGACUGCAUGGUGCUGCCUACCAUAACUGAAGACCAGAUACCGAAGAUAUUCCCCCAGGGGGUCACCGUGGUGCCACUACCUUCCGGGAAGAGCUACCUCAGGAAAACUUCCUGCCCCAAGGUCUAGAACAGUUACGUAUGUGUCCCAACUCACUAUGACGAUGGUUGUUUAUUAAAUUAUUUGUGUAUUUUGUUUUAUUUUAAAUUUUGACAAUAAAUGAACGUUAUAGGUGAAAUCUCCUUCUUAUUGUUAUGCUAACGGUUAUUAAUUUUGUUAACUUCAAAUUAGGAAAUUAAUCUAAUAUUAAUUUUAGUUUUUAGACGAAAGUUUGCUCUACCAUUCGUUUGAAAUAAUUUAUAUUGUUAUAAUUAACUUUUCCUUCAGUAUAUAUUCCAUUGUAACCAAAACAUAAUUCAAUUUCACCUGCAAUUGUAAUUUCUGGGAUCUCGCAUAGUGUGUGGGGAAUCUUGGGUUUAUUUACAAAUGUUGACAAGGCUUAUGUCUUCCGUCUUGCUCAGUUUUCCAUUGACAUCAGAGACAGAGAGGGAGAUAGAAGAUUACAGGUUUUAUCAACGUUUGCGAAUAAAGUCAUUGUUUUGCCAAUGAACCGCCAUGAGCAUUUAUAAGUUUUACGAGCGGAUGUAAAUUAGAAUUCGUUGUUACUUUUACCAAAAUGAGUAAGUAAUGGAAUAUAGAAUUCGGACAGGCGUCUAAAUAGUCGUUUUUGUUGGGACGUGACAGAUGUUUAUUGAACAAGUAAUAUUUUUGAAAAAUUAAUAAAAUUUUACAAAAAUAUAACUAUAUAGUUCAAUAGACAUAUGUGAUUUGCAAAAAUUUUCAUAGAUUGUAAUUGUUUUUAUAACAAAAUCCCCUAGGACUAAACACGGACUUAUAAUUGAUUAUUACUGAUGGUAAGAAUUUUUUGCUUGUUAGUCCAUGGAAUUUAUUCGAAAUGAUUGUAACUUGAUCCUGUAAUUUAGUUUUAAACAUUUCAAAUUGUGAUAAAUAGUGGUUAGUAUUGUUAUAUUUACUGAAAUAAACGUAUAUUUUAUUA